UCCUAGUGAAUAAAUUAGAUAUAGUUAUAUUUAAACAAACAGGUUGUGGGACGAGGCCCGAUACAAAAAUAUAAUCACAUAAAAACCAGGUCGAAAAAGUAGAGAUGAGGAAGAUAAAAACAUAGAUUCUUAGAAAUACAUAUGGAGAUGUUUGGAAUUUGACGGGCGGGGAAUCUGAGUAAAUAAUAAAAAAACGAACAGGUUUCGUUCAGGGAAUUUUCCUUUAAAUUGCUGGGUUAGGAGUAACAACCGCCGUGUGACGUAACGUAGAGAUGUAGUUCGUCACGCUCGGGUAGGUGACGAAUAGGUCACGUGACGGCUAAUCCAGCGACUGGGUGUCACGUGAUCACAAUAGAAAGUAUUAACGAAAGUUACCCGGGGAGUAGCGGUUUAUUUUCCUCUUGUGGAUGGAGAAAGAAAUGUCACUGAACUACGAACAGAUCGCUGAAUUUCGUGACAAGUUAUUUUCCGAAAUCGACGAAAAUGCGGAUUGCUACUAUAAAGACGACAUUCAACGUCUAAAAACUGAUGACUUGUACUGCCAGAAAUUCAUCCUACAUCAAAGGAAAUCGGUAGAAAAGGGUGUUAACAUGGCUAAGGAGGAAAUAAAAUGGAGGAAAGAAUUUGGAGUGAAAGAAAUAACAGAGCAUAUGCUACCUCAAGAACUAUUCCAGAGGGACUGUGUACAUUCUUGCAGCAAAGACAAAUGGGGGAGGACUGUGUUACAUAUCAAAGUUAAAAACUUGAGAAAGACCGAACCGGGCGAGGAGGAGGUAUUGGAGAAAUUCAUGGUGUACUGGGUGGAGAAAAUAGUAACUGAAAAUAAAGGAGCCGGAAUAAGCGUUUUUAUCGACUGUACUGGUGCGGGCCUAAAAAAUGCCAAUUUGGACAUAGUCAGAUUUAGUAAACAACUCUUCACAUAUCACUAUCCAAAAACUUUAGGUUUCUUUUUGGUGUAUAACAUGCCAUGGAUAUUAUCCGCAAUUUGGUCCCUUGUCAAAUCUUGGUUGCCCAAAUACGUAGUGGACAUGAUAAAAUUUGUCGACAAAACGAGCAUUAUGGAAUUUAUAGAUGAAAAAGAUCUCCCGGCCGAGCUAGGCGGAAAGCUCAUUAGCAGUAAAUGCACAACUGAUUAAAUAAUGUAAACUGCAAU